AUGAUGAUGAAGAAAAGAGAAUCAAUAGUGAUACCGAAAAGUAGUUUGAUGAGAAUAGUGACCAAGUUUAAGAUUAGUAAAAAGUUGACCAUGGGUAACAAUCCAUCAUCUCAUCAUCAACAUUCUUCUUCUUCUCGUUCUCAUCCUCAUAACCAUUCAAAUCAAACAUCAAUUCAAUCUUCAAGUUUAAAUCCUUUUCUUCAUUCCUCAUCUUCAAAUCAACAACAUCAACAACAACAACAAUCCAAUCCUGGUCCACCUUUACCUCCUCUCUCUACCACUUUUAUAGACGGUGGUUAUCUUUUACCAUUAUCUAACAUCUAUCCUGCUUCUCAACAAGAUUGGUUACACGAUACAACUCAACGUUUAAUCUUAUCUAAAAAACUAGCACCAUUCUAUCGUGGAUUAGAAGAUUGGGAAUCCGAAUGGGAUACAAAUCAAAUCUUAUUAGCAUUACAAUCAGCUAACAAAUCAAGACAAAGAUUAAUUCAAGACAUUCAAAAGAAAGAAUCAAAAGAGAAAUCAGAACAAGAGAAAUUAACUAAUUCAGGUACCACCUCUCGUAGGUUUGGUAAAACUUUAGAAGGUCCAAUUCAUCAUUCAAUCUUAAUCGAUUCAAAUCCUCAAUUUCGUAAAGAUGUCUUUGAGGCUGUCUUGAAUUGGGAAAUCAGAUCUGAAGAAGCUCUUUGUUAUUUGAAUGAAACUGCUGAAUGUCCAAUUUGUUUUUUAUAUUAUCCUUCAAAUAUCAACUUAUCUCGUUGUUGUCAACAACCUAUCUGUACCGAAUGCUUUGUUCAAAUCAAACGUGCUGAUCCUACAGCUCAAGAAUUGAAGAGUGAACCUGCCUGUUGUCCAUAUUGUGUUGAAUCCAAUUUCGGUGUCACUUAUGAAGCCCCUAAACGACCAACCACAACCACCACCCCACAAAUCCAAAUCAAGUCACCACCGUCUGACGAUCCUCUAUUAACCGAAUCUUCAACUCCUCCAACAAAUCAUGAACUUUCAAGAUCCUCAUCACCUCCAAGUACUCCGAUCCCAAGUCUUGAACCUAAUGAAACACUAAACCCAACCCAACCAAGCUCAUCUAAACGUCGACAAAACACAAGUCAUACAAGUCAAGAUGUGGUGACCACAGAUUCAAUUCAACCAGAUUGGCAACUUAAAUUAGAAGCUGUCAAGGCUACUGUAGCAAGAAGAGCGAAUCGACGGAUCGUCUUUAGACAAGAAGGAGAUCGAUUGAUACCAGUUGGCAUCACAUCUUCUAGAGACCCUUCUAGUUCUUUCUUAACUGGGAUCGAACAUGAAUCAGGAAGUACUGGAACCGGCACUUCUGGCACUGGCGCUGGAUCGAUUAGUAGUAGAAGAACAUUAGCCUCUUUUAGUAAUUUGGUAGGAGGACAUGGUAGUAGUGGUAGUAAUGGUGGCAGUACUAGUUCUAGAAGAUCAAGAAAUGAAGCUUCGUUUGGUGUAGAUUUAGAAGAAUUGAUGAUUAUGGAAGCGAUGAGAUUAAGUUUGGUGGAAGAAGAAGAUCGGAAGAAGAAGGCGAUUGAAGAAGAAGCUAAAUUACAAAAGAUUAGUCAAGCGAUUUCAGAAGCUUGUGAUGAGAGUAAUCCAACGGUUCAUCAACCACAAGAUCAACAACAUCAAGAGUUAAUGAAGAAUUCAGUUCCGUUUGUGAAUAAAUCUUCUGGUCUUACUGAUACACCUUCUACUUCACAAUUACCAAUUUCGAUCUUAGAUGGUGCUUUUAGUACUGGAAAUCGUUUGAAUGAUGAACCGAGUUUUGGAAAUGAAUUGAGUUCUACUCCUCCUAGCCAUAAGAUUUCAACUAGACCUGAUACACCAACACCUCAAGGAUCUGAUAGUCUAAUGGGACCAAGUCUUUCAGAAGAACCUAGUACUCCACGUGCUUCUUAUCUUUUAUCUAGACCGAUUCCAUUAGUCGAAAAUACCAAUCAGAAGAUCAGUCAUCCAAGCGAACCUAAACCAGCAGAAGUUUCGAAACCUUGGGCAUUGGAAAGAAGUGUUUCGGCUUCGAGUAGUUUUUUGGUACCUGAUGAACUUGAUCAACGUAAAGUGACAGAUGAAGGGAUUUAUGAAGAUUUAGGUGAAUAUGAACCUUUGGUUAGUAAAGUUUCAAUCGGAUCUGAAGAACAAUCAGCUACUGGUAGUGGGAGUGGGAAUAGGAAUGAAGAAGGAGUAAAGAGUGAUGGCAAUCAGGAAGAGGUGGAGUUGAGUUGAAAUGAAAUGAAAUGAAAUUGGACUGGGUUCAUUUGAUUUUGAUUUGUAUGAAUAUGAAUGAUUUGAUUCUAUCUAUUUUUUUUGAGUUUGAUUUUUUUUGAUUUAUAAGUAUGAAUAUUAUAAAAAUACAAAUAUAUAUAUAUAGAUAGAUUGAGAGAUAUAUACAACAAUAUAUAUGAUCUUUUCUUAUCUUUUUUUCUUAUCUUCUUUUUUUUAAUUCUUUUUUUUUGUCUGUUUGUUUUUUAUCUCUUUUUCUUUUUUUUGUGUGCAGUAUGUUUGUGAAAGGAGGGAUUAUGGUAUGGUUUUUUAAAAAGAAUAGGAAGAUGAAGGGGGUUGGAUUAGGUUGGGUUUGUUGUAUUUGAUUUUUUUUAGGGAUUCUUUUGUGAAUGAAUGAAUGAUUGAAAUGAAAGAGAAAGAAAAAGAGAAAUUGAAAUUG